UGAAAAUCUCUUAAAAGCGCAUUUAAUUAACACCAGCAACGAUCCACAUCUCUGCCAAACUUCCUCCAACCCCCCUCCCCACUCUCUCUCUCUCUGUUAUGCUAGGUCUCCUCACAAAUCCAUGGCUUCCAAUCUCUCCAGCAGCUUCCAUGACAUAUCAUCUUCAUCAACCUCGAGCUCCAGCCUGAUGAGCCAUGGCAGAGCAAUAGAUCGCUAUUCCCCUCAUCUCAGAGACCCACUGAGAGAAAAAUACUUGCCCAGAUUACAUUCCAGAGCCAAACCCUGCAACCAAAAGAGCAGAAAGAGUAAAGAGAAAUCUCCUCAAAUAACGAGCCCUGCAACUUCUUCUCGCUAUCUGCUGAAUGAUGUCUCAGUAGCCAUUGAUGAUAUCUCUGAAGCAGAAAUCCUUCCUCCUAUGAUUUCAGUGGAUGAAUAUCGGCUUGAGUACUCGAAGGGAGAUGAUUUUAUUGUGGUGGAAUCACUUUCUUCUGAAUCUUCUCCUGUGAGGCAAAGUGAACAGGUU